UUAAGAACAGGCUGUCUUUGUAAAGUAAAGUUCACCGUUAUGUUCUGUACCAAAGAUCAAACACAAUGACAAGACGACACCUGGAAGCAGCUCCGAAGGUCAGUUUGCAGCCAAUCAUCGAGCCAUGCUGCGGGUCUGAAGCGACACCGUGUUGACUUUACAGUUACAUUUACGAUCAAACACACUGACAAGGCGACACCUGGAAGCAGCUCCAAAGGUCAGUUUGCAGCCAAUAAUCGAGCCAUGCUGCGGGUCUGAAGCGACACCGUGUUGACUUUACAGUUACAUUUACGCUCAGUUCAGAAUGAGCAUGAAGCCGCUUUGUGUGAAGCUGUCGGUCCAGCCGUCCAGAGGGCUUGUGGAUGAGAAGUUCACCGUCUUGGUACAGAACCUCCUCCCUGGGUUCCAGCUGACCGUCCACGCCCUCCACCAGUGUGAAGACGGACACAGCUGGGAGGCUUUUGCUCACUACACCACCGACGCCACCGGGACUGUGAACGUUUCACAGGAUCCCAGUCUGGACGGGACAUAUUCUGGGGUUGAACCGAUGGGUCUGCUAUGGAGCCUCAGACCAGUUCCAGGCAGCAAAUCAGGGCUCAGAAUGAGAAAGAUGAACGUCCAGACUCCCAUGGUGGUGACGAUCUCGGUGUACCAGGGUCACCAGAUGGAGGGCUUCUUGGAUCGAGUGUCGCUGGCCAGUGUGGUGGUAGAGCGAUGGUACAUGGCGCCUGGCGUUCGAAGAGUCCCGAUAACAGACGGCAAACUCACUGCGACCCUCUUCCUGCCCUCAGGAGCUGGUCCUUUCCCCGGACUCUUGGACCUUUGGGGGGGAGGAGGGAAGUUGGUGGAGUACCGGGCAGCGCUGCUGGCCUCCCACGGCAUCGCCUCGAUGGCCCUCGACUACCUCACACCUCAAAUCACUAAGGAAACUGGGAAAAUGGUGGACAAUGAUUACUUUGAGACGGCCUAUAGAGUUCUGAAGCAGCAUCCUCAGAUCCUCGGCAGCAGGAUCGCCAUGUUGGGUCUUUCCUUUGGCACCAGUGUCACUCUCAGAAUGGCUGUUUACUCCCAGGAUGUAAAGCUCAGCUGUGCAGUGUGUAUCAGUGGGAGUCAUGUGCAGCCGAUUGGUGGAAGUGUGGAACAAAUACUGGCUUACUUUAACGGAAACGCUGAUAAGACUCGCUUUGACGAGAAUAACCAAGUAAUCUGGAGAGAUUUGCUGCUGCCCAUCCCGACAGACCCCUCACUAAAAGUGGACAUGGGACGACUGCAGUGUCCUCUGCUGCUCGUUGUAGGUGAGGACGAUCAGAACUGGCCCGCCCACGAGUGUGCAAUGGACAUGAAAGAGAUGAUGGAGCGGGCGGGGAACAGCCACCUUCUGACUGUCCUCUCCUAUAAGAAUGCCGGUCACCUGAUCGAACCUCCAUUCAUGCCGUUCGCCCGAGCCAGCACCUUCAAAACGGUCGCGAACCCACCAACCAAGGUGAUGGCUCUGUGGGGCGGAGAGCUGGUGGCACAUUCUCGCGCUCAGGAAGACGCCUGGAGGAAGAUGCUGGUCUUUCUGAGGGAGAAUCUGUACGGCGGCAUGAAACAUGGUGCUUCAUUCUCCAACUUGUAACCAAGACCAUCCAUCCAUCUUCUCCUACUCAUCGGUGGUCGGGUCGCGGAGGUAGCAGUUCCAGCAGAGAGCCCCAAACUUACAGAAAA